CCCACGAGCGCAGCACAUCAGCAGCCGCGCGCCUUCGAGCGCAGUCAAAUGGCGCCUCUCCAGAGAAUCACGGGGACCAGUCCGACCUGCUACUUGCUGAUGUUAAUUAGGGCAGAAAACGCUUCCCUGAUAAAAAAAAAAAAAAAGUCUCUUUCUGUUUUACGAUUCUGUGCGAUAUGUUUUUAUUUAUCUGUGAAUAAUGUGGACGUAUAGGAAGACAUUGUGCUUAGUUGUGCAUGGAACUGAUGAUAUUCUUAUAACAGAUUGACAGCAAAAAGAUUCAUCCUAAGGCUGGGGUCGUAAAACAACAGGCAUUCCCUCUAAAUAUGACCACCAGUGGCUUUAACGUACUGCAGUAAGAACAGUAACAUAUCUGGGAGCUGUUUAGCAUCUCUUCAGUUGGACAAGAGACUGAGUGUCCCAGAUCUGUGUAACAUGAGCAGUUCUCGCUAUGAACCCAGCUGGGACUUGGACCUGGCGCCCCUUCUGUCCUGUAAACUGUGCCUGGGAGAGUUUCCCCUGGAACAGAUGACCACCAUCUCCCAGUGCCAGUGCAUAUUUUGCAGUCUGUGUUUGAAGCAAUAUGUUGAACUCCUCAUUAAAGAAGGCCUUGAAACAGCUAUUAGCUGUCCAGACUCUGCCUGCCCAAAACAGGGACAUUUGCUGGAAAACGAAAUUGAGUUUAUGGUGGCUAACGAGGUCAUGCAGCGUUAUAAGAGACUCCAAUUUGAGCGAGAGGUGCUUCUGGAUCCUUGUCGGACUUGGUGCCCAUCAUCUUCAUGCCAAUCAGUGUGCCAGCUGAAUGAAUCGGAGGUGCAGUUGCCGCAGCCAGUGCAGUGUCCUCAGUGCAGUCUGCGUUUCUGCUCCGCCUGCAGGGCAGACUGCCCCACCGGCCACACGUGUCAGGAGAGCGUGCCAAUUACCACCAUCCUGCCUGGGGAAAACGGCUCCAAUUUCAAGAGUGAGGAGGACGAGGCUCCGAUCAAACGCUGUCCUAAAUGUAAAGUGUACAUUGAGCGAGAUGAAGGCUGUGCCCAGAUGAUGUGUAAGAACUGCAAGCAUGCCUUCUGCUGGUACUGCCUGGAGUCAUUAGAUGAUGACUUCUUACUGAUCCAUUAUGAUAAAGGACCAUGCCGGAACAAACUGGGUCAUUCCAGAGCCUCCGUCAUCUGGCAUCGUACACAGGUUGUUGGGAUUUUUGCUGGCUUCGGUCUGCUGUUGCUAGUGGCCUCCCCUUUCCUUUUGCUGGCCACUCCUUUCGUGCUUUGGUGCAAGUGCAAGUGUAAACGCGGCGACGAUGACCCUCUUCCCACCUAGAGCUCCGAUUCAGCUUCAGGAGGUGACUUUCCACUCAUUUGACAGAGGAUCGGCUGUGAUCCUUUCUUGUUCUCCUGAGCACACUUUGCAGGUGCAUUGGUUAAAGACUUAACUGGUCCGUGAGAUGGCACUUUUGUAUAUGUUGACUUGCAUUGAAAGGUGUAACAGAGGAGCAGAAAAGCUGAGAAGCUGAUUUGGAUGAGCCACUGGAGUCAAGCAGAUCUGUAGUGUUUGGAAGCAAACACUUUUUUGUUUUUUUUGUUCCAUUGUCUUGUAUCUUUUUGAAGCAUCACUUUUUCUUCACUUUCUUUGGUAUUAAAGUUGACUAAGCAAUU